AUGAGAAACGAGAAGUUACAGAGUAGAUUGUCGAGGUUUGCAGAGGAGAUAGCCCGAGAAGAAAAGGCGCAGGUUUUCACGAUCCGAAUCGACUCCUUGGACUCGCAGAGCAUACGGGAAGCAUUCGAAGACGUUCUGUCCUUGGGAUUCGUGAAAGUUCUGGUGUAUAAUGUGUACCACCAGCUCUCCUGGCUCGCCACCAACUUCACCGAUAUUCGAAUCCAAAGCUUCGAGAAAUCCCUCGCCGUCUCCUCCGUCGGCGGCUUCCUCUGUGCUCAACAGGUGGUGUCAUGCAUGGUGGAAAGUGGGAGACGGACGAUUCUCAGAAUGCUAUGA